AUGGCUUAUCACUCGGGCUACGGAGCUCACGGCUCCAAGCACAGGACCCGGGCAGCUCCGGACCCCCCUCCCCUCUUCGAUGACACAAGCGGUGGCUACCCCCUCCAGCCCGGAGGAUACCCAGCCCCGGGAGCCGACGUGGCCUUCAAUGUCAACCACUUGCUCGGGGACCCGGUGGCCAACGUGGCCAUGGCCUACGGCAGCUCCAUCGCCUCCCACGGGAAGGACAUUGUGCACAAGGAGCUGCACCGCUUUGUGUCUGUCAACAAACUCAAGUAUUUUUUCGCUGUGGACACAGCCUAUGUGGCCAAGAAGCUAGGGCUACUGGUCUUCCCCUACACGCACCAGAACUGGGAGGUGCAGUACAGUCGUGAUGUCCCUCUGCCCCCGCGACAAGACCUCAACGCCCCUGACCUCUAUAUUCCCACAAUGGCCUUCAUCACCUAUGUAUUGCUGGCUGGGAUGGCACUGGGCAUUCAGAAAAGGUUCUCCCCGGAGGUGCUGGGCCUGUGCGCCAGCACGGCGCUGGUGUGGGUGGUGCUGGAGGUGCUGGCCCUGCUCCUGGGCGUCUACCUGGCGACCGUGCGCAGCGACCUGAGCACCUUCCACCUGCUGGCCUACAGCGGCUACAAAUACGUCGGGAUGAUCCUCAGUGUGCUCACGGGGCUGCUCUUCGGCAGCGAUGGCUACUACGUGGCACUGGCCUGGACCUCGUCUGCUCUCAUGUACUUCAUCGCGCGCUCUCUGCGAACAGCAGCCCUGGGCCCCGACAGCAUGGGGGCCCCGGCCCCCCGGCAGCGGCUCCAGCUCUACCUGACUCUGGGGGCUGCGGCCUUCCAGCCCCUCAUCAUCUACUGGCUGACCUUCCACCUGGUCCGGUGA